AUGCAAUGGCCCUUACAAAUUCAUCCAGCCAAUGGAGAACAAGUCUCUCCUCAAGAUUCAACAAACUACAUGCAUCAUUUCGCAGUUCAAAUAUGGGAUCGAAGGAUAUAUGGUAAAAGUUAUUACGGGGUAGAAGUUACAAUGGAUGUUUAUGACUUUUAUUUACAACCUGAACAACAUAGCUCUGCUUCAAUUUGGAUCUAUGAUAUGGGAGAUGGAAGACAAACUUCGAUUACUGGAUUUGUACUUGGAUGGCAUGUUCAUCCAGCACUCUACAAGGAUUCUGAUACACACUUUGUUACAUGGUGGCCCGGUAAUGGAUCGCAUCCAGGGGGUUGCUACAACAGCCAAUGUCCUGGUUUUGUAAGGACAGGUUCUAGUAUAGCUCCUGGUGAUGUAAUUAAUCCAGUGUCCGAAGUUAUGGGUAAAAAGCAAUACAUAACAAUCAGGGCGUCCAAGCAUAAAUCAUCUGGUGAUUGGCAAAUCUAUUAUGGAUUCAAUGGUCCUGCACAAUUAGUUGGAUACUUCCCAAAAUCUUUGUUCCCGAAAUUGGAAAAGAACCAAUUUAAUAUUGCUCUACCCAUCCUGUCAAUGGAGUGCUACAGCCUCAUGCGACUUCUCCUGCUUGUUAUCGUGUUUCUGAUGUCGUAUCCGCUUUACAUUCAAGAGGCAGAAGUAAGGAAGCCAUUUGCUUUGCUGAAAACUGAUUGUAGUACAAAGUAG